UCCGGAUGCUACACUGUGCUGAUUUGGUUUCCAUUGAACGUGCCGAGGAUUCCGUAAAUAAGCAUUGUGAAAUGAGCAUUCUAUAGUUGCUGAAGUCUACCGCUGUGGGGGGCAAAAUACUUUUUCGCCGGCUUAUUCUUUACGUAUACGUCAUGAUCAAUUGCAAUGUAUACAACGCCACUUCUCUUUGCGUAUCCUUAGAAAACAUCUGCAGGUUGUGGAAAGAAGCAGUGUGGACCACCUUAUCAGUAGUGUUAGACCUUUGUUGAAUAUGUGGUAUAGUGAAGAGAAUGUACGAAUAAGCUAUAUUGGCUAAAAACAUUAUCUUAGGACCCUACGCUUCUUCGGCGGCUUCAGGAAUCUAUCAUUACGAUGCGAGUGAUAAUAGCAGCCUAACCGCAAAAGUCAAAGCAAAAUAUGUUGUCACGAAACAAGACAACGGUUUGUGUUUGUGCCCGAGAGACAUCUAGUACUCCGCUUCUGUAACACAAAAGUUACAGAAGCGGAGUGAUUUGAACAUACGUAUAUGUUGCCGACCAUGUAAAGUACACGGAGAGAGCAUGCAUGCCCAUAUAACGUAUCAGAGAUGGUAGACAAAAUAGGAAGGCUUCGCCUCCGACCCUGCGCUGCAUGCUCUUAUUCUUUCGCAAGUAAUGCUGGCAGGCGCUGAGCCGAAAUUUAGCAAAGCGUUCUUUCGGCUCGAGCCGCGCGAGCAAUGAAUUUCGCGAAACCGAAAUACACCUGAUAUCGUCAUAGAAUGCGCUUGCAAAUGAAAAAGAUUUCUGCAGUCAUUGUACAAUCUUGUUAUUAAUUUUAUGCUAGGAAAAUUUUCAGCAGCACGUCCUAGAUGAUUAUGAAAAGAUAUGUGGCAUGCACGUCUACAUGUACAUUUUAUAACAUGUACGUCUACCAUGCGUGGAAAGGGAGCGAGAGUUCCAGGUAGACGCACGUAAUAGAGUACAUUUAACGCCAAAAAAAAGUGUUAAAGACCAUGCGAAAUGACGUCAAAAAGGAUGACAUGGUGGAGGAAACGAGAUAAAUAUAUAGACUCUAAUAUUCAAUUGUAUAACAGUAACCCUGGAAGGUUACCUUUGAUUAACUUGAAUGGUUAGUAAGGGUUAUAUUGUGCAAAAAAAAAGUAUGCACGAACAGAAUAAAUUGCUCCUUUUAGAGCGAAGGCUCUACUACGCCAUGUCUCGCAAGGUCAUUCAUCGCGUCGCAAAGACCUUGAGCCGCCGGAGCGCGAGCCUUCGGAGCGCAAGUGUGGCAGAUGUGACGUCACGCCACGUGAUCCGCUACGGAGAGGUGUCGCAGCUGCGCUCGCUUAGAGCCUCGCCGCUUCGGUACCGCGUGACUAGGCGAGGGUUUAACGGCUGCUUCGCCGGCGCUUGGUCCAUCAGUCUCGCCAUGGAUGGCGUGCCGGCUGGGCCGUCUGCGUGUGCGCUUCAGCGCAAGCGACAGGCUGAAUCCAAUCAUCCAGUAAAUGUAGCUAGACGGCAGGGUGCGAAAUCUCAAGCAACGGCAAAGUGAGCUGCUGAAACACCGGAGCAAAGAGAGGCCAGAUUAGCACGUUAUAGAGAAGCUUGCCAAGCCGGAAGCGCGCAUAAAUGAAACACUGAGUGCAUAGUCUUUGCAAAACCAAGUUAAACAGACAUUUCGCUCGUGAAAAGUAGGUUUACAAGAGUUAAACCUCAGCCAAUUUUUUUUCUUACUCCGUUUUUGCGAACAUUCCCCAUCCUAACGCACGUAAAAGCACGCAUCCUGUACAUUCAGUGGCAUAGAGAUGUGACUAAAACGUAAACGCACACGUUUCUCUUUAGGCUUGUGAUCAUUCUAAAUGCUGGGUUUAGCGCGCAUGUAUAAAUUAUGGGACCGUUCAUGCUAACAAGCUGCUGGGCAAGCGCACGGACGUCUUCAGAGUGAGCCGCAAGCAAAAAGGCGACAUGUUGUUUGUUAAGGUGCUUUUUUGUAAAUAGACACCUUGUAGCUAGAGAACUGUGUUUUGCGGACACUUUUUUGAACUGAUUGUCUUGUACAUACAUGCCUUUGCUUAUCAUGCUUCGCGCAUAUAUCAUUGUAUAUGAAUUAGUAUUUUCUAAAACACCGCCAGAAUCACUGCUUCCUCUGUUAUGCACUCGUCACGGUGACACGUAUGAGACGCUUCCCGAUUUAACAUAUGUCCUGAAGGUGCUUUUUUGUCAUACAUUCGGUGUAUCAUGUGCCGGCAUCAGAAAACACUUGUUUUUUUAGUGCCAAAGUUAACGUGUUAUCUAACAUAAGCAAAUGCUGCACAAUGUUCUCCAUUACAUCGCGGAAUUCUGGGUUAAGAGGAGUAAAUUUUUCUUAAAACCAGGAAGAUCUAUCGGAUAUUCCGUGAACGCUUAAGAUUGUCGUUCACUCAACAUAAGGAGAGGUCAUAAACAAAAGUGGCCUAUUCAAUCGUUUGUAGAUUUUAUAGCCACCACAAACAUAAGCUUAAGUGGCAAUCACAUGCUUUCCUUAGCCAAUACUCCAAUUCGUUAUCGCUACAGGAUGACUUUGUUAUUACUCAAAGCCCAUCUUAGUAUUACGCGGCAUUCUAUACUAGAUAGUUUGCUCUAAUUCACCUUAUAAUGAAGCUUUGUAUCGGUUUGUACUGAAUCUGAUGCAUUGUUAUGAAAACGUGUUCAACGUAAUAAUGUUGACCUAAAAAAUUCUGCUUGUGGCUAUUUCUAAAUUACUUUCACUGAAGGCAAGUAAACAAAGGAUAGUGGCUGCUCAAUACUUCAUUAGGGUGACGCAAGAACACAAACGCAGGUUGGCUGGUGACGUAAGCGUGACGUCGUAACCUCGCAUAGAUAAUAGCGCUCUAAAGUGCCAGAACCUGAGUGACGAAAAGAUUGCACAUAGGAAAGCGUUUAUGAUAAAAAGAAUGAAGGCUGCAAACAAAUGAACAUUUAAAAAAUAAAAUGUUUUCAAGUGCUUUGAAAGCAACGAUAAGAAGCUGUAAAUGAAGCGAGCUCAAAAUUUGCAUUUAAGUGCAUCCAAGCCCGAUCUUGCCUGUUCCAGUGAAGAGCGCGUGAUUUUAGGUAGCAGUAUGUAAACGUUUCAGCAUCUCAAGCGUGGAACAGUUAGUUUGAGAGCGUGCUUGCACACAACAUUUUGGUCUAUUCUCUUAUCGGAUUUGUUGAGACAUGUAAUUGAAAAUCGCAGUAUAAUGAAAAUCUGAGCUUUCUUCCUCUGCAUUUAUUACACAUUCAAAUUAUGAGUACCUAGUUGCAGCAAAACUUAUGCACUCUAAGGUAAAGAAGUUGUAGCGUUUUUUUGGGCAUUGAGAAGCUUAGUUUAGUUUGGCGCCAUGAAGACUAGCCGUAGCUCGAGGGUACCGACUGUUUUUAUAUUUGACUUCAGGCACCGCGGCCAACCUACGAUUUAUCACUGGCUUAUGCCUCUUCCAGUUCACGUAUCUGGAGUAGCGUACGACAUUUUCUGCCAAUCAAUGUCCUUAAUCUUCAUUUCGCCUUAUAUGAUCAGAUACUAGCUCCAAUAAAAACAACAUAAAAGUUAUAAUGCCAAUCUAAACUGCGCCGCAAUGAAGACAGAACUUUUCAAACGUCAAUUCUGCGUAAUGACAAGUAGAAAGUACUUAACUGAAUACAACUUACUAAGGUUAUUGUUUCGCUGCAGUGCCUACAACAUCACGAAUGAGUACCAUGUAAAUGCGAGGUUCUAUAGUGACUUUCAAAUAAGCCACCUGUGAAAUGUUUCCAUGCGAGCACCCAGUUGUGCCAAAGAAGCGUUGCCAACACUCCUACCACGUCUUAAAUAUCUAAAAUUGAAUAUUGAAAGCCACUCAUGCGAAUUAACGCGUAAACUUGGUAUUGCGACGACAAAUUGUUAUGCGUUUUCAUUUUCAUCAGUUUUUCGUGUCCGAAGAGCGCAAAUCUAUUAGCUCGCUUUUGUUCCGUACGCAUUUUUUCAGUUUAGGUACUCCUUAUGAGUCAUUGUAAUCUCAUUUUUCGUUCCUGUGCAAGGAGCAGAUAAGUUAUUCCCCGAAGCACUAACCAUACUCCAAAGAAUCGUACUACCCGUCACAGCUUAUAUAUAACAUUUUGUAAAGCCAGCGAUUACCGCAGUACUGUAAUGUCUGUGUUCUCAAUAAAUCACCAGAAGAGUACUAUGCUGAUUUACUUAACCUGAUCUGUUUGUACAUAAUUCGUCUUAUAUUCUUCCUUUAAAAAUAUGUUACCAUGUACAAAUAAUUUGUCUGUAGACGUUCAAUGCUGUUUCGCAAGGAUGUUUUCUUUCUCUUUGAAUGUGUUAUUACAUGUGAUCUUAACGCAAAGUGUUGACUAAAUUGAAGGUGCAGCCCUAUCAGGUUGUUGGAGUCCACUGGUCAGUGUUUGUAAGCAGAAACGUAUUAGUGAUAUUUUAGCAAGUGACGAGAAGGAAAACGAGGACAACCAGCUAGGGCUAUUGUUUUCGUUUCAGUGCUGGCGUGUUUCUUUUCUUUUGCUUUUGUAUGUCCGAAUGCAAUUUUCAGCAUUGCUAUGUGUGACGCAAAUAUGGUGUCACUUAGGCACUGCAUUCUGUGCUAUUACGCCGAAUACUAGAGUGAGUUGGACGAUCGACAGUGCUGCUGCAGGACUAGAGCGUCUGUUGACAAAUGGGUAGUUUCCUGCAGGCAGUCCCAGCAUACACGUUACCAUUCGAUUCUACUCUUGAGGAGGGUAAAAUAAAUAAUAUAAAAUCAGUGCUGCGUACAAGAAACAACAUGCGAUUUCUGCACAGGCGAGAGCACAACUCAGACUGGCUGUGAUGUUCCGAUUCCUGGAAAGUACUGAUUUAAAUACAGCUUUAAUAUAGUUUUACAUACUGAUUUAUAGUAGUUAUAUACGAUAGUACCACACGUCGCAUGUGCCUCCGACUAGCACUUAUCUUAUAAAAGUUACAUAAACAUCCUACAAUGCAAAGGCAUAAAAGGUUUGAGUGUAUCGUCGAUUGCUUGUACAUAACGUUACGAAUUCAAAGCUAUGAAAUGUUAGAAAUCAGUGUUUCCUUGAGAUCUACCAGAUGUUUAGAGUACUUGAAAGACCUGUAUAUAUUAUUGCUUUUGUAUUCAGUGCACCCUAAACACUUGGCUGUAUUACGUGAUGAAAUUGCACUACAUAGCAGCAAUUUAGUUUGCACACUGUUUACACACUCCUAAAUGGAUGGCGGGAAGGCGUUGCUUAAUGCGUUCGUUCUCCGACACCAAUUCGCAGCAUCCUUUUUGACAUGCACCACGACAUCCUUUCUUUGUGACUGUUCUUGCGUGGUACUUGUCCACAUAAAAAGCCAGUGCAGGUGACCUAUUUCGACAGCCGCCGACCACAAGAAGGAAGACAACUUCUGCUCACGUCGCAACAAGGUGUUAUUCAAAGGCACAACGCACCCUUUAUUUCUUUCCCCUACAUCUGUUAACGUCCAAGUUGAUAAUUAACCGCGAUUCUUUCCGACUGUGGCAAUCACUGCCUUCCUGCCCGAUCCCCUGUUGUGGGUACGGGCCAUGUGAACUCUGGUCAACAACAACAGAACAAGAUGGCGGCUUCUUCAAUGACUCAAGCUGAACCACAGCGUGUGCCACAGGAAGGAGACAUAGCAGUCAAGUUUACCGCAAGAAAUGCUGCGGAAGCUGACCUCGGUGAGCUUAUCGAGAGUUACUGGUACGACGUCCGCUUCCAGUUCUUCAUCGAAGGUCGCAAGUCCACCACUUACUGCAUCAGCGCCGAACAGGCACCCACCGUCCGCCUGCAGCAGCUCAGGCUCAUCGACAUUACCAAGGGGCACUACGAGGCCUCGUUGCUUAUCCUGGCAUCCAAGGACCUCCCGGAGCUGCAGUUGGAGACGUGUGAGCUACCCAAGCUUUUCCUGACGAUCAAACUCAAGUGCGAAGUCCGGGACUGGAAGACACCACCGGCGACGGUCCGCAAGGGCAUCACCUGCAUCGGCUACAUAAUUGAAGAAGAAGAAGAGUUCCACUACGGAGAAUUAUAAUGACCACUCGAUCGCCAUGUAGUCACUCCUGAUGUUAAUAAAAACGCUCGACAGCAGUGUACCCCGUCAGAUCUUGCGGUCACAAGCUGUCCGAAUAAAAUACGAAGCUAUACUGUGCGUGCUAUAAG